AUGACCUCCACCACGAUAUUUUACUUCAUUUCAUUACUUCUAAAUUCAGUUAUUGCUAAUCCACUACCUUAUUUUGCACGUGGCGGUAAUGAUCUUCCGUUCGGAUAUGGUAACUUUGAAGACUUUCCCACUUUUAGUGCCAAAUAAAGUUUUUAGGGUUAACUGAACACGUCCGGGCAGAACCAGAACAUCUGCAAUUUGCUCCAGAUCCCGUCCAGCCGAGCUUGGGCCAGCAGAACGGCUUUGGAAGUGGUCCAACUCCUCAAAACAGUGGCUCCGGAGGCUCAAAUUUCGUUCCCAAUGGAGGCAAUCCAGUUAACGGCUUCGGAAGUCAACAAGGAGCCCAACCACCUAACAAUAAUCAAAAUGCGAUUAGACAGGUCCCGAGCUCCAAUUUUGGCUCGGGAAAUGGUCCAAGCAGUGGCUCACAAAUCCCAAGCUUCAAUUCUGCUCAGAAUAACAACUUCGGAGCCCCAGGUCCUAACCCACAAGUCUCCAGCUCUCAGUUUAGCGGAGGACAAGUCCCAAGCAUGCCUACUUCUGGUCAACAAGUCCCAAACUCCAACUCAGGCCAAUCUGGUUUCAAAAACGGUCCCAGCUCUCAAAAUACCGGCUUCGGAAAUCCUAACUCCGGCCAACAAGUCCCAGGCUCUCAAGUCAACGGCGGACAAGGACCCAACUCCAACCAAAACUCUCAAGAACCUCCUGGCCUAAACCAAAACCCCGGCUGUCCUUUCAAAGACUGCGUCAUUCCCGCCAACAUGACUAAUCAACCUCAAGUCCCAAACGUUGUCCCGAGCGGCCAACUUCAGCCUUCUAAUAACUUCUGGCCAACCGCUGAAAUUAUUCAAAAGCUGAACAUGAAUGGGAAUAGACAGCCACAGGAGCAACAGCAGAACCAGGAAAACCCUGGACAAGGUGGCCCAAGCUCAGGAAACGGAAAUCAGAACCAAAAUAGACCCGAGCAAGCAAUUCUGAUAUCUCAUGCUAUAUCUCCAGAUGAUUAUAAAUUUUCUCCCAGUGGCAAUUUAGGAGGACAAGGCGGUCUCAACAAUCAAGGAAAUGGUCAAAUCCCAAUCAAUUUCAAUCAAGGACAAAACGGCCAAGUCCCAAGCAACUUCAACCAAGGACAAAACGGCCAAGUCCCAAGUAAUUCCAAUGAAGGGCAAGGUUUCCCAGGAAACUUAAAUCAAGGCGGCCAAGUCCCAGGCAAUUCCAAUCAAGGACAAAAUGGCCAAGUCCCAAGCAACUUCAACCAAGGACAAGGUGGCCAAAUCCCAAGCAGUUUCAAUCAAGGACAAGGCGGCCAAGUUCCGAGCAACUUCAAUCAAGGACAAGGCGGCCAAGUCCCAAGCAAUUUCAAUGAAGGACAAGGUGGCCAAGUCCCGAGCAGUUUUAACCAAGGACAGAAUAACCAAGUCCCAAGCAAUGUCAACCCAAACUUCCCAAACUUUUUCCAACUCUCCACUUCUAGACCAACUAUCCAAGAACGUGAUGCUGGCUUCCCUAAUGAAAAUCUAGAAAACGCUGGUUCAUUGGAGCAACCUUUGCAAGGAGAUCUCGACGACUUUCAGCUUUUUUUGAGGUAUUUUUUUUUGACAAAGUUGGAAGAAAUAUGGAAAUUUCAGCAACGCUGAGAAAACUCUGAGAGAAGAUUUCUCCAGAAUUAUGAGCAAAAAUCAGACGGAAGACCAAAGAAGACAGGCCGUUCAAGUCUUCUUGACCAACUUCGAAGCAGAUCUUAUUGUACGUAUAGAAUUUUUUUCUAUUUUCUCUUCUUUUAAAAAAAUAUUUUUGAGAGUUGGGACAAGAAAAAAACUAGAAUUUUCAGUUUUUAUUCUUUUUCAGAAAGCGAUAGAUUUGGCGGCGAAUGAAACGCAUUGGGAAAUAUUAGACAAACUUCGCGAUUUGGUCAAAACUGGAGAUUUAGUUGGCCCCGGAAUGGAGCUAUAUAUUCAAGUCGAGGUUGGUCGAGUGGCUAAAACCUUGGGGAAGGCAAAAAGGCUUCCUGGUUCGAUUCCUCUCCAAAGCUUUCAUGCAAAAAAAAAAAUCAAGAAGCUUUCAAAAAUUUGAAAAAGCGAGAGCGAGAGAUCAGCGGCGGUGUGAAGAGACGCAAGAGAAAAAUAUUCUUUCCUUCUCUAACAUCUCUUCAUUUUUCGCUACUCUCUAACUCUUUUUCAUUUUUCUCGUUUUUCUAAAACCGAUUCACGAGGAACCAAGGGGGCGUGGCCUGUUUUUUUGCAGUUUUAUGGAUACUUUGGACAUUCUGAGAGUUAUUAUUAAUCAAGAGCCUUUCAGAAAUUUAAAAAAAUGAAAAAAAGAGAUAUUAGCGGCGUUCUGAAGAGACGCGAGAGAAAGAGAGAACCUUUUUUCUCUGGCGUCUCUCCGGCCUUCGCUAGUCUCUAACUCUCUUUCAUAUUUCUGUUUUUCUAAAACCGAUUCACGUGGACCUAAAGGGGCGUGGCCUGUUUUUUGCAGUUUUAUGAAUAAUUUGAACAUUUUCAAAGCUAUCAUUCAAGAUUUCACAAAUUUGAAAAAAUAGAAGAGAGAGAUGAGCGGCGGUCUGAAGAGACGCGAGAGAAGGAGAGAACCUUUUUUCUCUGGCGUCUCUCCGGCCUUCGCUAGUCUCUAACUCUCUUUCAUAUUUCUGUUUUUCUAAAACCGAUUCACGAGGAACCAAGGGGGCGUGGCCUGUUUUUUGCAGUUUUAUGGAUACUUUGGACAUUCUGAGAGUUAUUAUUAAUCAAGAGCCUUUCAGAAAUUUAAAAAAAUGAAAAAGAGAUAUUAGCGGCGGUGUGAAGAGACGCAAGAGAAAAAUAUUCUUUCCUUCUCUAACAUCUCUUCAUUUUUCGCUACUCUCUAACUCUUUUUCAUUUUUCUCGUUUUUCUAAAACCGAUUCACGAGGAACCAAGGGGGCGUGGCCUGUUUUUUGCAGUUUUAUGGAUACUUUGGACAUUCUGAGAGUUAUUAUUAAUCAAGAGCCUUUCAGAAAUUUAAAAAAAUGAAAAAGAGAUAUUAGCGGCGUUCUGAAGAGACGCGAGAGAAAGAGAGAACCUUUUUUCUCUGGCGUCUCUCCGGCCUUCGCUAGUCUCUAACUCUCUUUCAUAUUUCUGUUUUUUUCUAAAACCGAUUCACGUGGACCUAAAGGGGCGUGGCCUGUUUUUUUGCAGUUUUAUGAAUAAUUUGAACAUUUUUCAAAGCUAUCAUUCAAGAUUUCACAAAUUUGAAAAAAAUGGAAGAGAGAGAUCAGCGGCGGUCUGAAGAGACGCGAGAGAAAGAGAGAACCUUUUUUCUCUGACAUCUCUUCAGCUUUCGCUACUCUCCAACUCUCCAACUCUUUUCCAUUUUUCUAAAACCGAUUUAGGGAUACAAAAAGGGGCGUGGCCUGUUUUUUGCAGUUUCACUAAUAUUUUGAGCUUUUUCAAAGCUAUCAUUCAAGAUUUCACAAAUUUGAAAAAAAGGAAGAGAGAGAUCAGGGGCGGUCUGAAGAGACGCGAGAGAAAGAGAGGAUUUUUUUUUCUCUGGCGUCUCUCCGGCCUUCGCUAGUCUCUAACUCUCUUUCAUAUUUCUGUUUUUCUAAAACCGAUUCACGAGGAACCAAGGGGGCGUGGCCUGUUUUUUGCAGUUUUAUGGAUACUUUGGACAUUCUGAGAGUUAUUAUUAAUCAAGAGCCUUUCAGAAAUUUAAAAAAAUGAAAAAGAGAUAUUAGCGGCGUUCUGAAGAGACGCGAGAGAAAGAGAGAACCUUUUUUCUCUGGCGUCUCUCCGGCCUUCGCUAGUCUCUAACUCUCUUACAUUUUUUUCCCAUUUUUUUCACGGCUAGCAAAGAAGCGUGGCUUGUCUGCGCUCUCCACUAGACAGACACUAUUUCUUUUUCUUUUUUUGAAUCGUGUCAAGACCCCUUUUUUUCAGCAAAUCAUCAACUAUCUUUCUUCGAUCCCCGGCUCUUUUCUGAUGAACUCUGCUGUCCAACAAAUGUCCGACAACUUACAAAAGCUUUUCUAG